AGUUUAUACGGGUCAGACAUUGUAGUCCAGUAAAAAUGGCUUUGCGCAGCUUCACUCGCUUCCUGUGCCCUGUGAAUUUGACAAAGCUGUCAUCAGUUGGAUCUAUACGCUGCUCAUCGACCCAGUCUGAUAAUAAAUUGUGUUUUGAAUUCAGCCCCGAACAACAACAGAUCCAAGAACUAUGUCGUAAGUUUGCAAAAGAAGAAAUCAUACCAAAAGCGGCAGAAUGGGAUAAAGCAGGGGAGUUUCCCAAAGAAUCACUAAAAAAGUUAUGGGAACUGGGUCUGCUGAAUCCCGAAAUUCCUGAAGAGUAUGGUGGUCCUGGAUUAAAUAUAGUAGAAGCUUGCAUUGCAAUGGAAGAGUUGUCAUAUGGCUGUACUGGAUUUAGUACGACAGUUCUAGCAAAUACUCUUGCUCAAAUGCCUGUAAUCUUGGCUGGAAAUGAGGAACAAAAGAAGAAAUAUCUUGGAAGAAUGUUAGAAGAACCGCUCUUCUGUUCAUAUGGUGUAACAGAACCAGGUGGUGGAUCUGACGUUGCCGGAAUUAGAACUAGAGCUGAAAAAAAGGGUGACCAUUAUGUUAUAAAUGGACAAAAGAUGUGGAUAACAAAUUCUGGAUAUGCAAACUGGUAUUUCGUACUCGCCAGAACGUCUACUGAUCCUAAACAACCUGCAAGUGGAGCUUUUACAGGGUUCAUAGUGGACAGAGAUACACCUGGACUAACACCAGGUAGAAAGGAGUGGAACAUGGGACAGCGUAGUAGUGAUACACGUGGCAUUACUUUUGAAGAUGUUGUUGUACCUAAAGAAAAUGUAUUAUUGGGUGAAGGAGCUGGAUUUAAGAUUGCCAUGGGAGCUUUUGAUAAGACAAGACCACCGGUGGCUGCAGGUGCCGUUGGUCUAGCCCGACGAGCAUUGGAUGAAGCAACUAAAUAUUCUCUGGAACGACGAACAAUGGGCAAAUUAAUUGCUGAGCAUCAGGCAGUGGCUUUUAUGUUAGCAGAAAUGGCCAUUGGUAUAGAGUCUUCACGAUCUAUGGUAUACCGUGCUGCUUUGCAGACUGACGAGGGAGAGCGCAACACGUACUAUGCUUCAAUUGCUAAGGCAUUGGCCGCGGAUGUGGCAAAUAAAUGUGCCACUGAUGCUGUACAAAUAUUUGGUGGAUACGGGUUUAAUAGCGAUUACCCAGUGGAGAAACUGAUGAGAGAUGCUAAAAUAUUCCAGAUUUAUGAAGGAACAGCCCAGAUACAAAGGAUGAUUAUUUCUAGGCAAUUAAUUGGUAGAUUUCAACAACAAAACCAUUAGCAUCAUUACAUGACAUUGUCUGUUGAAGUAUUACGAAUACGCACAUUUCAAUUGUAAUCCCAAUUAACUGUAUCCAAGCUUAAUAAGUGUAAUAAAGUGAUUUUAAAAAUAAAA